AUCAUGCGCAAUGGCUGAAUCCGCAACCGUGAAAGGAUCCCUUUGAAUUUAAUAAUUGGUGCAUAUAGUCCAGGGAAGAUCAUAGAAGAGCAUUUUGUUUUGCACUAUGCUUCAGCUGAACGACUCGGUGGAGCCGGAAAGUCCGGGAAUAGCGGUGCUCCACCCUGCUGAAACUGAGGAGGGAGUCGAGGUGGCGUUCACGCCGCCGGAGGCCGGAGGGAGCCUCGGAUAUGGUGCAUCCGUGGCCUGCUGCUCCCCGUUACAAACACUGACUCCUUUUCACGUACAUAACCCCACGAUGCAGGCGAAAGUGAAAGAUUAUUUCGUCUUUAGGCCAGGUACCAUUGAACAGGCUGUGAGCGACAUCAGGACAGUUGCACUGCCCUCCGAGGAUGGAGAGGUGCUCAGCGUUUGGUUACUGGCUGAAGUUGACCACUGGAACAACGAGAGGGAGAGACUUGUGCUCAUAACUGAUAGGUCCCUGCUUGUGUGCAAAUAUGACUUCAUCAACCUGUUGUGUCAGCAGGUCAUCAGGAUUUCUCUCAAUGCAGUAGACACUAUCUCAAUUGGCGAGUUUGAGUUCCCACCCAAAUCCCUGAACAAGAGGGAAGGCUACGGGAUUCGUGUCCAGUGGGACAAACGACCACGGGCUUCAUUCCUCAACCGCUGGAACCCCUGGUCCACAGAUAUGCCCUACGCCACCUUCACAGAGCACCCUAUGGCCCACGCUGAUGAGAAGGUGGCUUCUCUCUGCCAGUUGGAUAACUUCCGCACCCAGCUGGUGCAGGCAGUGAAAAAGGCCCAUAAGGAGCACCCCAUCCCCGGGCGGGCUAACGGCGUCCUCAUCCUGGAGAGGCCCCUGCUCAUCGAGACCUACCUGGGCAUCAUGUCCUUCAUCAACAAUGAAGCCAAACUGGGCUACUCCAUGACCCGUGGCAAGAUUGGCUUUUAAAAACAAAAACAAAAAACAAAAAAAAGAAACGGUUCCCCUCAACCUGCAUAUUACACCUGAGUGUACCCCCAAUUUGUGUUUGUUACACUGCAUGUAAGGGAAGCUGUCGCUCAGCUGUGGUUAGUGUUAAUUUACAAGCAUCGGAUGUCUACACCUCCCAAUUGUGUCAUACUCUUUUGGCCAGUCUAGGUGUGUUUUCCACAGUGCUGCUUGGACUGUCCACUUACAAUUACUGUUACCCCCUUUGUAUCCCACAAAGGAUCACCCACAUAUCAGCCACAACUGCCUGGGCUCCCAGGAACAUCUGCCAGUAUAAAUUACACCUGGCAAUAAGAGACAGUAUGUGUGCUAAGGAAUAUAAUUUAAUUUCAUGUGCACAGUACAUGCAUGGAUUCAUACCCUCCUCAUAUGACCAAAUGCAGGCUGAACUUUUUGUCGUUUGAUGCUGCUGGGUUGCCUGCUGAGUGAGCAACCAACUGUUAAAACUAAUGUGACCUUUAGAUUUUGUUUGAAGAAGACUAACAUCAGAGUCGUUGCUUCAGGUUUUAGAGUGUGCUUUAUUCAGGCUUCUCUGCACAGGGAAACAGUCAAACAACUGCAGGGGCAGAGGAUGCCAAGUCAGUCACAGAAUAGGUGUACAGUACCGUCCACAUGCACUUUUCCAUCAAAGCCACAUGAAUUGCACAGCGUGUUUGUGGUUUAGUAAAGACUACAUUACCCAGAGCUCAUAUAACAGCAUCUCUGAAUGGAAUGGCAGCUGAUCUAUGUUCACCAAUCAGCUCACAGGAUCAUCAUAAUGAAUUUGCCCCGAGCGGGACUGCUGUUCUUAGAAGUCGUGUCGCCGUUGGCUGAGAUUUGUGGCAUGAAGCCAACAACAGAUGGCAUAUAGAUGAAGAUGUAGGCAGAAGUGGAAAAUAAGCCCUGUGACAUGUUACCAGAUUCUUUAUAAGAUUCUUUAUAAGUUGUGAUGUUGUGCUUUCCAUGCUUGCCUUUUUGUGCCACAUGCUUAAAUCAUGUCACCGCUAAGAGUUAAGAGAGCCACCACUUAAAGGCUGAAUUAGCUAACAAUAUCUAAAAUGUUCUUGACUAUAAAUGUUCGUUACAUUGGCAUGUUAUGCAACUUUGCCAUGCAUAUAAUGUCCUCUGCUUGCUCUUUAAGUUGCCUUAAUGAUUCAGCAAGCUUUAUCAAAUUUAGGUAUACAUUUGUGGGGAAAAAUUACAUCAAGACAAAGGUAAAAUACCUCUGUUCCAAAUUGAUUUACUCAGUACAGGUCAGUUAUAUUGACUACAAAGGUGGGGGAUGGAAAAUAAUUCAGCAUGAUGCUGAGUUUUUGGUUCAUAAAGUUGAGAAACAUGUCAAUAUGUGCUUGAUGAUUGGGUUUGAUAGCAAAACACCUGCAGACUAGGCAUGACUACAGAAACUCAUUGUAUUAGUCCAGUCAUCAGAUUUGUGUCUGAUCUAAAAAAAGAUUUAAGACUUUCUUCAUAGACUGCAAACUUCUACUUUUACAGUGUUGUGCUACCAAAGGUGAAAGGCUAUGUAUCAGGCUCACCAGUGCCAAUGAAUACUUGUCACAAAAAUGCCUUUCCUGGUCUCAACUUGUUAUGCAUGUAUCUUGCACGUUGAGUUUGCAUGAGAGUUUUGUUUUUCUUUGAAAGGAGUGUUCUAUUUUGGAUUUGUAAAUACGAGACUUUUUAUUUAUCUGCUGUAAAUGUGAUUCGGUGAACUUCUGAAUGUUUUUAGAAUGUGUGUUUUCCAUCGCCAUUUCUUAUGUCAAUGCUCUAUUUUUGCCUCUUGUAGCAAAGCAACCACACAAAUUAACAAAUGCCUAUUUGAUCUGGUCUAUCUUGCGCAUAAGUCUAGUAUUUGUUAACAACUGUGUCAUUUUGUCUUGGUACUGUCAAGAAUUGUAAUUAAUCAAGCUUGACUAUGAACAGUGUGACCUCUGAGAAGGUGCAGUGUGAGGCUAGAUGAUACCUUACAGCUGCAGUAGCUAACAUUCAACAUUCCAAUGCAAAAUAUAUUGCUCAUGUGAA